AUGGCUUCCUCCGCCCUGUCUGUCUGCUCCAGUGACCUGAGCUACAGCAGCCGGGUGGACGACUGUCCAGAGAGCUGCUGCGAGCCCCCCUGCUGUGCCCCCAGCUGCUGCACCCCAGCCCCCCGCCUGACCCUCCUCUGUGCCCCAGUGAGCUGUGAGUCCCACCCCUGCUGCCAGCCAGCCUGCAGCAGCUCCUGCCCGGCCUUGUGCUGCCAGCAGUCUAGCUGCCAGCCCUUCUGCUGCACCUCGUCCCCCUGCCAGCAAGACUGCUGCAGGACUGUCUGCUGCAGGCCCGUCUGCUGCACACCUGUCUGCUGCGGGCCCGUCUGCUGCAGGCCCGUCUGUUGCACACCCCUCUGCUGCAGGCCCGUCUGCUGUGAGUCCUCCCCCUGCUCAGCCUCCUUGUGCUGCCAGCCCAACCCCUGCUCCUCGGUCAGUUGCAGACCUUCCUCCUCCGUGUCCCUCCUCUGCCGUCCUGUGUGCCGCCCCGCAUGCUGCGUGCCCACCUCCUCCUGCCAGCCCAGCUGCUGCCGCCAGGCCUCCUGCGUGUCCCUGCUCUGCCGGCCCGCGUGCUCCCGCCCUGCUUGCUGCGUCCGAACCUCGGCCCCAGAGCCCAGUUGCUGA